AUGUUGGAACCCACAUUUCAGCCGCCGCGCCAUCUCUCUUUCCCCCAGACAGUUCCAAGUCUGCGACAGUGCUACAUGAAGGGGCGGGAAUGGGAAGCCGCUUUGGCCCUUUGCGAGCUUUCCCUCGUUUAUCGCCAGGACGCAAACAACAGGACCACAGCAGUUGGCAGGCGCAACAGCUACCCGCUAGACUCCACAGAUGAUGCGCCUCUAGCGGCUCUGCCUUCACCUGCGGUGGACUAUCCCAGCGAUACCGACUCUGAGCUUCACCAAACGUCUUGCACGCUCUUACAUCUUGCGCGCAACGAUUCCUCCGACACUAUACCGUUGGACCCGGACUCUCCAGAAGCGGCAGAUGCCUCGCAAAUCAGAUCUCUGGAACAUAGCUCCCACAACAUAGCGGCGCAACCUCUCCCUCAGGAUUCAUCCGAAGAUCCUCAAACACCAUACGCACCCGUUCCCAACAGCGUCAAUUCCACCGUACAUGCACAAGAAUGUGGCGACCAAGGGAGUGAGAUUUCGUUCGGAACAGUGGUCCUUCGCCUUAAUGCCCCUGCCAAGCUUAAGAGUAGCGUAUCAGCUUGCAAGCGUGCAUCACCACCAACUCCAGAACCAACAAGGAGAUCCACAAGGAAACGGAAGGAAAGCCGCCUCAUGAUCGAGUCUCGGGAAUCGCAAGCCCUGGAGGAUUCAUCCAGAGCAUUACCAAAAAAUCUAAGGUCCCAUCCAUGUAAACAUGCCUCCGUCGCCGCCUUUUGCUAA